AUGGAAUUUCUGUCGUCGUCGUCGAGCUCGGGGCAGGAGCAGCCAGAUCAGCAGCAGCAGCAGCCUGCGGAAGACUACGUGGUGGCGCCUCCGGCCCUACGGAUCGGUGACGAGUGCCAGCGCAAUCGGGACUGCGACGCGGCGGUGCCGCGCUCGCGCUGCGAGCUCGGCUACUGCGCCUGCCAGGCCUACUUCGCGCCCUUCAACGGCACCCGAUGCUUGGAGUCCAAGCUGUUGGGCAAGGACUGCCUCGUCGACGAACAGUGCACGCUGAGAGUGGGAAACAGCACCUGUCGCGAGAACGAGUGUCGCUGCCUCCAUGGGUAUCUAGAGUAUCACGGCCACACGUGCUUGCCUCCGGCCAAACUGGGCCAGAUCUGCUACAGCAACAAGCACUGCCAGCUCUGGGACAGCGACACGCACUGCGACUUUCUGCUGCCCGAUCUGUUCGGCCGGUGCCAGUGCACGGCGCCGAUGCGCCAGGACGGCGACGUCUGCCGGCCCGACGAGCUGGUGAGGCCCGCGGCACCCAUGACCUCGCAACCGGCCCGCAACGCCAACGACAACGAGGUCGACUUCGACGACAAGCGCAGCUACAAUCUCACGCCCCAGUCGGACGACGACGAUGCCGGUGCUCAGUUGUCUUGGUUGAGAAACGCGACGAUGCUGCUGUCGACGGUGGCACCCACUCAGCUGAUGCCGAUGAACCUCGUGACCAGGCCCUCGGUGCGGGCUGAGCUUCAGCCGAACGAGCUGCCCGUGGACGACUCGAUCGUCGUCGAGGCGGAGAACACGGAGCUCGCUCAGUCGAUGCCGACUUCAAUCGGACCCCAGCAAUCGGCCAUCAAGACCGACCGCCACGACGAGGCGGGCGCCCUCAAUCUGUCGCCCGUGUCUCUCGGCCAGGCCUGCUUCCUCGAUCUCGAGUGCAAGCUCGCCGACCCGAACUCGCGCUGCCACGACGGCGCGUGCGACUGCGCGCUGCGCGCCAGCAACGGCACCUGGUGCAGCGCCAGGCGCACCGGCUGCGCCCCGGGCACGUUCCAGUGUCGCGCCACCGGCCAGUGCAUCAGCUGGUACUUCGUCUGCGACGGCAAGCAGCACUGCCCCGACGGCAGCGACGAGGAGUGCCAGCUGGGCCGGGGCCGCUCCAAGUGUCCCGAGCAGGCCUUCAAGUGUCACUCGAGCGGUAGGUGCGUCUCGAGGGCGGCCCUCUGCGACGGCGUCAAGGACUGCCCCAACAACGAGGACGAGCAGGCUUGCGGCGAUCGAAGACGAUGCCCGGAGGGCGCGUUCCGCUGCAACAACGGCCAGUGCCUGCCGGCCUACGAGUUCUGCAACGCGGUGGUCUCCUGCCGGGACGGGAGCGACGAGCCGCGCGCCGCCUGCCGCACGCGCAACCGUAGCCGCCUGUCGGCCAACCGAUUCUGCCCGUUCCGAUGCGCCAACGGGCGCUGCCGCUCCGACGCCAUCACCUGCAGCGGCAAGGACGGCUGCGGCGACAACUCCGACGAGAUACAUUGCAACGUUUGCAAAUGCCCUCCUUUACUGCACGAUUUGGAGUUUAGACGAGCCGCUGCGGCGUAAUUAGAACAUCGAUUGCGCUUCGA